UCCACCGGGCGCUGGCUGGUCGAACCCAGGCGCGGUGUCGAAUAUCUGGUUCGACGGCUGGGAAGAGCGAGACGGAGGGGGCGGCUGCAAUAGCGCCGCCGCUCGACGGGUAAGCUGAAAUACUUGCAUGUUUGAUGUCUGCAUUUGUUACGUGAUUUGACUCCCCUCUUGUAUUGGUUUUUAAAAUCUAACCCUGAUCUGGCCUGUCUGGAUAGGUGGCGCCACUAUCGCCUUGGGUGGCAUUUAUGAUUACAGAAAAUCUUAUCUAGCGUACCAAUUAUUGGGUUUAGGGCAAAUAUUUUGUUAUCGCUCAUCAUAUAAUGAAUCAGCGCCAUAAAAUAUUGCUGUCUCCCAUCGAUUCUAGAUUAUCGACCCACCCUACUACGCAAAGUAUCUGCCCUCCCGUGCUGACAAGUUGGCCCCGUUGUACGAGCUUCUCCGGAAAGAUUCCAGAUGGCGCUGGGGCACCGAGCAGGAGAAGAGUUUCCAGUGGGCGCGGAACGCGCUGACGUCGGACUCGCUCCUGACGCACUACAGGAGUGGCCAGCAGCUCGUCUUGGUCUGUGACGCCUCUCCCGUCGGCAUCGGCGCGGUACUGGCGCAUCGAGAGGCUGACGAAUCAGAGAGACCGUUGGGGUAUGUAUCGCGUACUCUGACAGAGUCAGAGCGCAGAUAUGCACAGAUUGACAGAGAGGCACUAGCCAUUGUGUUCGGCGUGUGCAAAUUUCACAACUAUCUGCUCGGAAACCGUUUUAAGCUGGUAACGGAUCACAAGCCACUGUUAAGACUGUUCGGGGAACAUCAGGACUUACCGACCAUGACCUCUGCCAGGAUCAGACGGUGGGCGCUGAAGCUGUCGACCUACAGUUACAGCGUUGAGCACAGACCGACUGAUCGCAUGGGAAAUGCCGACGCUCUGUCUCGUCUUCCGUUGCCCUUAAACAAAUCAUGUGAACCGGAGGAGCUGGUUCUGAUGGUUGACAGUCGCGUAAUUGACGCAAAGAGGAUAGCCCGACUCACAGCUACCGACCGAACGUUGAGCCGAGUUCUGCAGAUGGUGCAGUAUGGUGAUUGGAGUGAAGGUGACGAUGUGCCACAAUCAUUUACCGACAGGAAACUGGAGCUGUCAGUCACCGCAGGCGUCCUCAUGUGGGGACACCGUGUCAUCAUUCCAGAGAGGGCACAAGGCGAGGUACUGGCCGAACUACAUGCCGCCCACCCCGGGAUGAGGCGCAUGAAGGCGUUGGCACGAGGCUACGUCUGGUGGCCGGGCAUCGAUGCCGCCAUCGAGGAAGCCGUGCGGAGCUGCCAGCCAUGCCAGGAGAGCCGCCCAGCACCGGACCGCGCACCGCUGAGUAUGUGGCCCUGGCCGGACCGCCCGUGGUCCAGGAUUCACAUUGAUUACGCUGAGCCGGUAAGAGGACGGUACGUAUUGGUUGUGGUGGACGCCCACUCAAAAUGGGUAGAGGCUGAACUGUGUCACAGUAUUGGCUCGAGGACCACCAUUGCUCAAUUGAGAAAGAUGUUUUCACGCUGGGGCCUUCCUGAUGUACUCGUGUCAGACAAUGCAACAGCAUUUACUUCUGAGGAGUUCCAGGAUUUUUUGCGUGAGAACGGAGUAGAACACAAAACGAUAGAACCAGGACACAGUCAAGGGAACGGUCUGGCAGAGAGGAUGGUGAGAGAAGUGAAGCUGGCGCUGCAGCGCUCCGGCGGGGGACAAUGGGAUCUGUGUCUCGCAAACUGGCUGCUUCACCAACACAUUGUCCCUCAGUCAACAACUGGUGUUCCGCCCGCAGAGCUGAUGCUGGGCAGGAGGCUGCGGAGUAAGCUGGAUCUUCUACGGCCGAGCAUCCGGGCGACGGUGGUCAGAGGUCAAGUGAGACAAAAACAAAACCACGACGGAUAUCGUCAGCUACCUGAGCUGAACCGGAGCGGAGAGGUGACACCUGGCGGCAGCGCUGACGGAGGUCACACGUCUGUCUCUGGCUGGCUACCGGCUGCCGCCGCCGCUGUUCAAAGGCCGCUCGCCGCGGCGCACGUUCGGCCGCCGGCACCUGGUGUUGCUGCUGAGUCGUCUGCCGAGCCGCCUGCUGGGUCGUCUGGCGAGCCGGCUGGUGCUGGUGCUGGGCCGGCUCCGCGCGAGGUCUCGGGCGCUGCCGUUCCGUCAUCGCCACUAUCUGGCCGGGUGCCGCUGUUGCAGUCCCAGCGGACGGCUGACCUCAUCGGGCCGUCGUCGCGGCCCGAUGACGCGCUUGUGUCUACGGGCACUCGCAGUGAACUUGUGCGUCGCUAUCCGACUCGUGUAAGGAACAAGCCAAACUUUUACGUGGGAAAGUAAUGUACGGUAAUUGGGCGUGGUCCGCGCGACGACUGCGCGUGCGCGGGAACCGCGCGGCGGCGCGCGUGCGCGGUGCGCGUGCGCACCGCGCCUGGUUGUUAUGCUGUACCGCAGUGUCAUCGUCCGCGCGGGUCAGUUGGCCCGCGCGGCAUUCUGAAAUAGACCGGCAGACCGAA